CAUGUUCUCCCCGUGUCAGCGUGGGUUUCCUCCAGGUGCUCCGACAUGUUCUCCCCGUGUCAGCGUGGGUUUCCUCCAGGUGCUCCCACAUGUUCUCCCUGUGUCAGCGUGGGUUUCCUCCAGGUGCUCUGACAUGUUCUCCCCGUGUCAGCGUGGGUUUCCUCCAGGUGCUCCGACAUGUUCUCCCUGUGUCAGCGUGGGUUUCCUCCAGGUGCUCCAGCUUCCUCCCACAGUCCAAAGACAUGCAGGUUAAUUGGUGACUCUAAAUUGUCCGUAGGUGUGAAUGUGAGUGUGAAUGGUUGUCUGUCUCUAUGUGUCAGCCCUGUGAUAGUCUGGUGAC